GUACAGUUUAUAGUACCUAGGUAGUGUUUUAGUUGUCCGGACUCCGGAACGCGUACACAACCAGUCCACGCAUAAUAAUUUAUAACCAUCAUCGCAAUAUGUCACCAACUCUAAUAAUGGACUUCAACCGUACCGUAUCAAGACCUCUGCCACAAUUGGGCUUGAUGGAAAACGAAGUAGGUGAAACUCACUUGUUGGGUUGGAACCUUCCAGCCGAAGAUCUCAUCCACAUCCCAGAACAUUGGUUAAAAUACCAAGAACCCAGUGCGUUGCAACAUUACUAUUUAGCAUUUAUGUACACAAUUUUUAUGAUAGUCGCUUUAUUUGGAAAUGGUUUGGUCAUAUGGAUAUUCUGUGUAGCAAAGCCAUUGCGAACACCGUCAAAUAUAUUCGUAAUCAAUUUAGCAUUAUGUGAUUUCGUGAUGAUGGCKAAAUCACCAGUUUUCAUAUACAGUUCUAUAAAUCGCGGUUAUCAAGGCCAUUUUCUUUGCCAGUUAUUUGGUGUGGCCGGAGCUUUCAGCGGCCUCGGGGCGAGUGCUACGAAUGCUGCAAUUGCAUACGACAGAUUUAGUACGAUAGCAAAACCAUUCGAUGGACGUAUGACUUAUGGUAGAGCAUUUUUUUUAAUCAUAUGUAUUUGGACUUAUACUUUGCCAUGGGGCCUCUUACCUUUAACUGAAAAGUGGAAUCGUUAUGUACCAGAGGGGUAUUUGACAAGUUGUACCAUUGACUAUUUAACUCCAACUGACGAAACUAGAGCUUUCAUUGGAAUUAUGUUUGUUAUUUGUUAUGUAAUACCGGUUUCAUUAGUCAUAUUUUUCUACUCGCAAAUCGUUAGUCAUGUCUUCAACCAUGAAAAAGCACUUCGAGAACAGGCUAAAAAAAUGAACGUAGACUCGUUGCGAAGUAAUCAAGAUGCAAACGCUCAAUCGGCGGAAGUAAGGAUUGCAAAAGCAGCUAUCACUAUUUGUUGCCUAUUUAUAGCUUCUUGGACACCAUACGCUGUGGUCGCUAUGAUUGGUGCUUUUGGAGAUCGGUAUGAUUUGCGCAAAAAGGGGGUAUAG